GGUCACGACAGUGGUGGGAUAAAUAAUCAUAGUAAAUUUGUUUGUCAAGACGAAUCAUUUACUUUGUGAAGGCAACUGCUUCCGAUUCAAGCAUAUUCUUUGUUAAAAGGAAGAGAGCAAAAUGUCAGGAAAAGAUCGGAUCGACAUAUUCCCUUCGAGAAUGGCCCAGACCAUUAUGAAGGCACGUCUGAAAGGAGCACAAACUGGACGUAAUUUGCUUAAGAAGAAAGCUGAUGCCCUCUCAAUGCGUUUCCGUCAGAUUCUUAGGAAAAUUAUUGAGACCAAAACCUUGAUGGGAGAAGUGAUGAGAGAAGCAGCCUUUUCUUUAGCUGAAGCCAAAUUUGCUGCUGGAGACUUUAGCACUACGGUUAUCCAGAACGUGAAUAAGGCCCAAGUUAAGGUUCGAGCAAAAAGGGACAAUGUAGCAGGGGUCACUCUUCCUGUGUUUGAGCACUACCAAGAGGGAGGGGACAGCUAUGAGUUGACUGGUCUGGCCAGGGGUGGUGAGCAGUUGUCCAGGCUGAAGAGGAACUAUGCCAAAGCUGUGGAGCUGCUGGUGGAGUUGGCCUCCCUACAGACCUCCUUCGUCACAUUGGAUGAAGCUAUUAAGAUCACCAAUCGCCGUGUGAAUGCCAUUGAGCAUGUGAUCAUUCCAAGAAUUGAGCGCACUCUGACUUACAUCAUCACAGAGCUGGAUGAGAGGGAAAGAGAGGAGUUCUAUAGACUGAAGAAAAUUCAGGAGAAGAAGAAGCAGCUUCGUGAGAGGACGGAAAAAGAGAUCGCCCAGCGUCUGGCUAAGCUGGGCCCCAUCAGCGAGCCGGCCAACAUGCUGACGGAGGAGGCGGACGAGGACCUGCUGUUUGAAUGAGGCCUUUCCCGCUCUCGUCCCGGAUGCCAACCGCGCAUCCUUCUUUUUAUUUAUUCUCUGUGCCUCAGAGGCCGUGUCGACCAUGUCUUGUGCAAAGAUGAUGCUCUUGUUUUGUGUAUAUGUUGGUGCUGUUAUGGGUUUUUU